AUGCGCACGCAACAACCUCACGCCUCGCAGCGCGAUGUCCCCGCCGGCGACCUCUCGGACUGCGAUGGGACGGCCGGCGCCGGCUUCCCCGGCCGUGGGCUGUGCUGCCCCGACGACCCGCUCGACCUCGUCCUCCAGCUCUUCCCCGCGGACCGAGCGCCGCCGUCGUCGCUGGCGGCGCUCGGGAUAGGCACCGCCGGCGGCGAGCCGCCCUGUCGGGUGAAGCAGGAGCCGGAGUCGCCGAAGCCGCUGGCGGAGAGCGCGUAUGGCGGCGUCGGCGUCGGUGGCGGGUGGGAUUCUUGGGGCUUGUCCAGCUUCGUUCUUGACGGACUCUGCGGCCUUGAGGAAAUUGAUGUGGACAUGUUCUUUGCUGACGACGCGCUGGACUGCGGCGACGGCGGCGGCGGCGAGAAGACUGAGGGCAACUUGCUCUGCGACCUGACGGAAGCCAAGCCCAAGCCGCCGGCGCACAUGACAGCUGCUGCUGGUGGUCCCGCUCCCGUUCACACGCGCGGCUCGUUGGGCGGCGCUGUCGUCCCCAAUGACGCGUCACCGUUGCCCGCGCCAAUGCCAGCUGGCGCUUUCCCCUUCCAAGCGUACGACGCGUGCCGUGCGUUCGAUGGCGCCGUUUUCAACAACGCGUUCGCGGCGCCGGCGGCGGCGCCCAAUGCCAGCUGGUGCACGCCGCCAUUGCCGGCGCUCAUCAUGCCAGCUGCUCCCGCGCGCAUGCCGCCAGCUGCUGGUCUUCACGCGUGCGGCGCGUUGCCCGGCAUUGUCUCUAACGGCGCGCCUGCACCGCCGCCGCCACUGAUGGCGCUCAUGCCAGCACGCGCUCUCCACCCGAACGCCGCCGCGCUGGCCGGCGUUUACUCCAGCACCAACGCGCCGGCGCACACGCCUGCCCCUCCGUCAGCCACACCAUCGUCGUCGCCACCGUCCCGCGCGUCUUCAGGUUCUGGCCGCUGCCCGUCAUCAGCAACCUCGGAGACCGAGUUCUUGCAACCCCAUCAUGCCUGGGUUGUGCCGAGGAAGCAGCGGAGCCCACCAGCAGUCAACCGCCGCAAGCGGCCCUGGCUGCUCGACUUCCCUCUCCACGCCUUGCCGCCGGUCGCUCUUCCUCCUCCGGCUAAUCCCGGCGCCGGCGGUGAUGACGACGAUGCCAAGAACCGGUACGCCUUGGUGCCUGUCGUUCCUCCUCCUCUGGGCAACACCGGUGGUGAUGACAUUGCCGGUGGCGGCGGUGGUAUCCGCCGGCGCCGCCCCGCGCCACGUCAGAGGAACAGGCAAGCGCAGAGGGUAUGCAGCCACUGCCACUCGCCGGAGACGCCGCAGUGGCGCGCGGGCCCGGACGGGCCAGGCACGCUGUGCAACGCGUGUGGGAUACGCUACGCAGCGAACAGGCUGCUCCCGGAGUACCGGCCGUCGACGGCUCCUAGCUUCCGGAGCGGGCAGCACUCCAAUCGCCACCGGAAGGUCAUGAAGCUCAGGGAGCAGAUGAUGAAGGCGAAGGAGGAGAAACCGUCGGAACAACAACGGAUGGAAGAUGGUCUGGAAAAAGAUGAUGGGUUCAUGGGUGUGUGCACGUACAUAUCAGCAGCAGGCUUGUGA